UGGUGGCAACAUUUAAUUCAUCAAUCAUCUGACUUUUGGAACAAGUAACAACAACACUCUAGAGAUCGAGUGCCCUCUGUGCUUAUUAUUUUGUUGUUGAAUCAAUAAAUAACCAAAAGUUUAAGUUAAAACAUGAAGUUAGAUUCGAAUAAUAAGAUGAUCAAUGGUGACAGUGGCGCUGAAACGCCUGACGACGUCGUCGAUCCGCGGCAAAACGCCGAAGAUAUAAUCGACGAGAUUCUGGCGGAAUUCUCAGAAUCUCGGUCGCCUGAUGCCGUGAGAAACGGGAAUGGCAUUCCCGAAAACUUGUUUAAUAUGAUACAGCCGCCUCGUACGCGGACCCCAGCGAAUUCGUUCUCGGAGAACGCUACGAUAGAAGACAUCGAUCCAUCUUCCGACCUCGGGACUUCAAUUCGAAACAAGUGCUUAGAGUUAGAGGAGAUACUCCAAAGCCUUAAGUCUAGGUUGAACCAUGUUGUGCUCGAUGAAAAUAUAGUCCUCAGCCCUGAUGCUAAUUCCAUGGAAGCACAGCUUGAACAUGACCUUGAUACAGACUGCCAAGAAGAACUUUCCUUGCAAGAGUUCCUAGAGAUUUUACAAUCGCAAAACAAAAUUACACCCAGUGGCGUCCAAUGAUCGCUCUCAACAUUUUUUAAAUUAUAAGGUAUUAAUAUUGUAAAAAGAAUUUAUUGUGUGCAAAUUUGAGAUUAGACCAUUAUUACUAUGAAAUUAUUAAACAUUUAGAUAAUAAUCG